AUGCCCACUAAUAACGAGGACGUCAAUGAGCCUUCUCCGACCACUUGUGACAAGUCGGACGACUUUAUCACCUACAGCCAUGAUAAGGUGCUUCGACCUCUCCGGUUUGCCGACAUCUCAUUUUCCGAACUCUCAUCUGAACUGGAAGGUUACCUGUCAGUGUUAGAUGGCGGAGCCAGUAUUACUUUCAACCGUGGAGAGGAGUUGUCCAGCAUCCGCUUGAGCGAGAUAUUAGAGACCUUUUUCAGAAACCCAACCCCCACCGUGCACGAGGGACCUCCAUUGACAUGGACGGCGAUCGUCCUCCACGCCGGCCCUGAUUUUUGA